AUCUCGCCUGUCAGAACAAAACCCAGGCUUGGGAACGAUUACGCCGGUUAACUUUUGUUUCACUGCUGCACACGAAGCUUCAAUCAAAAUGCGUGAGAGAAUCCAACAGCUUGAUAUCGAAGGUCGCCAUGGUCACGAUGCCAUCUUCGAGGCCUCCUAUCUGGAUGACAUCCCGGCCGCCCUGACCGAGUGGAAAGCGUCACGCAUCCUUCUCGUCGUCAGCACCAGUCUCGACACAAAGUCCUCGGUCAUUAGUGAUCUCGAGAAGGACCUAUCAAACUACCAGGUCUACAAAAAAGUCGGAGUGGGCAAUCACUCGCCCUACAGUGACAUCAUCGACAUCGCACACAGAGUCCAGGACCAUGACAUCCAAGCCGUUGUCUCUAUCGGUUCGGGCUCCUACUCGGAUGCGUGCAAAAUCGCCGUGAUGCUGAGUGCUACACUCCCCUCGGGAUUCGGGGAGGACGAGAUGGAAGCCUUGGUGGACCAGAAGCGAGGCCUAGCCGGACCGGACACCGUCAAGGCUCCUGCAACCAAGCUGAUCUGUGUGCCGACAAGCCUUAGUGCGGGCGAGUGGAACUCCUACGCGAGCGGGACCAAUGCCACAGGGAAGAAACAACAUUUUAUGCAUCCAGAGGGGGCCCCGUCCUUGAUCCUGAUGGAUCCCACGGUCGCACGAACCACUCCGUCGCACCUGUGGCUGGCGUCGGGCAUGCGCGCCGUCGACCACUUUGUGGAGAGUCUGUGCCGCGCCGAAUGCCACGGGGAGGCUGCAACUCAUAUCAAGAAGGGGUUGCCGCUUUUGGUGCGGGGCCUAAAGGAGUACCACGAGGGACAAGAGGGUGGCAACGAGGACGAGCUGCUAAAAGGCAUUGCAGAGAGUCAGCGCGGGUCUAGAGAUGCUUUGAUUCCCUUCAUUAAGUGGAAAAUACCCAUGGGGGCAAGCCACGCUAUUGGCCAUCAGCUGGGCAGUGUGGCAGGCGUCCAGCAUGGUGUGACGAGCUGCAUUCUACUCCCCCCGACGCUCCGAUUCACGCUCAAUGAGACCAAGGCGGCACAGGAGGCAAUCCUCCAGAUAUUCAACGAAGUGCUUGGGUGGCAUGAGACCGAGGCUGCUGAUGCGGUUCAUCGGUUUGUCAAGCUGCUGGGACUGCCAUCGCGGCUCUCGGAAGUCGGCGUCACGCAGGAGGAGCAGUUGCACAAGAUCGCUGAGCUGACGCUGACUGACGCAUUGGCGCACAACAAGGCGCUACCAGAUAAGGAGGGGAUCCUUCAGAUCCUGAACAUGGCCAAAUGA